AUGUAUGGAUGGUGUGAUUCUAUGGUCGUUUUAGGAUGGAUAUAUGGGGAUGAAGCUCGUUGGAAUACGUUUGUAUCGAAUCGUGUAAAGAAAAUUAAAGAAGUAAUGUUGCCUGAGUGCUGGCGUUAUGUGAAAAGUGCAGAGAACCCAGCUGAUGCGGCGUGUAGAGGCCUAACAGUUGCACAAUUAAAGGAUAAAUCUCUAUGGUGGAAGGGUCCAUCGUGGCUAUCGCAACAUAAUUAUCUGGAAAAUAUAAAUCCGGAGUUAAAAAACCAACUUAUGGGAGAUCUACCAGAUUCACGCUGUAACCCCGCCCUUCCAUUCUACCAUACAGGGGUGGAUUAUACAGGAUUUGUGGACGUGAAGGCCAGCCAAGGGAGAUCUGUACGAACAACAAAGGGCUAUAUAGUAGUAUUUGUAUGCAUGGUAACAAAAGCCAUACAUUUAGAAAUCGUGUCGGAGCUCACAAGCUCCGCAUUUUUAUCAGCCCUACGCCGAAUGGCUGCUAGAAGAGGAACACCUAAACAUAUUUACAGCGACAACGGUACAAAUUUCGUAAAAACUAACCGCAUCAUGUCAGAGGAAUACGAACAGCUGCAAUCUAUAUUCAACAACAGUUUCUACAGAGAAAUAACCGAUAUGAAAAUUGAGUGGCAUUUUAACGCACCAGCCUGGCCUACAGCUGGAGGUUUGUGGGAAAGAGCAGUACGUAGUGUCAAGUAUCAUUUGAAGAGAGUAAUCGGCGAUCAAAAAUUAACAUUUGAGGAGUACAGCACGCUUUUAGCUCGUAUAGAAUCGUGUUUAAAUUCUCGUCCGCUUUGCGCGCUAACUGAGAGUGUGGAAGACAUAGAUUGCCUUACACCAGCACACUUUCUUCACGGGCGAGCUGGUACUACGGUCAUUGAAACAGCAGAAGGCGCUAGAACGAGAUGGCAACUGGUAACAAAACUUUCGAAUGAUAUCUGGAAAAGAUGGAAGUCAGAAUACCUCAUUCAAUUAUCGGCAAGAGCAAAGUGGCAAAAACAACAAAAUAACAUACAAAUUGAUGAUAUAGUGAUAAUUCAUGACGAUAAUUUACCAGCAGGAAAAUGGGCUAUGGGAAGAGUGGUCGAGUUACAUCCAGGUGGCGAUGGUAUGGACAAUAAUGCACGAUGUCAUAUAAAUCUAGCACAAUUACAUCAUGAACAGGUGGAGUUAUUGUAUUACAACGACGUCUUGCUGAAUCAGGCACGUGAGCCAGGCGCACGCGACAGGCACGCGAGACAGCGGCGCGGCCUUAUCAAUGGUGUGGGUUAUGUUGCAAACACUCUAUUCGGCGUAUUGGACGAGCGAUUCGCGGAACAAUAUAAUAGAAUGGACAUAGAAUAA